CGUUUCUUAACCUCAGCGGUCGGGUAAAUUUCAAUCAAUAAAAUAUUAAGUGUUUAAUUUAUUCGGAACUAUUUCGAAUUUAAAAAUUUAUUGGCGAGUCAUAAUUGAAUUAAUUACAAAGUAUUUAAAGAUCUUAGAAAUUGUUCUAAAAAAGUGUUAGGUAUUUUUUGAAUAAAUUAUAAUAAUCUGAUGAUAGACCACAUGUGCGCUUGGCAGUGAAUAAAAUUGUCGUAAUAAAAUUUAAUAGACUAAUUAUAUAAUGGCUGGGAUUGAUAAUUUCGAUAGCUGGUUAUCUAAAAAACUUGAGUCAUUAAACACAGACGUUGGGGUAUUUGGAGGUUACAUUAAAGGCAUUUUAGAAAGUGAUGAAAGCGACUGUGAAAAAAGUGAAGCACUUGAGGGAAUAAUAUCUGGAAUAAUUGAAACAGAUAUCGAUACUCAUGUUUCUGAGAUAAUUGACGAAUGGAAAAAGUUCGAUUCCAAAGAGACUUUCGAUAUCCCGCCUGCUGAAGAUGUAGAUGUUCGCUUGGCACGAAUGCUGGAGACGCAGAACAUAGCAACGGUUUCGAAAAAAAGUUACACUGAGGAAGAAAGGAAAAUACGUGAUGCAAUUUUGGCGCAAUACAGUCAAGUUUCGAAUGAAAAGAGCGACGAGGAUGAGGAUGAAGAAAAUGACAGUGAUGAGGAAUUGGAAAAAAACCUUAACGCUGCUACCAUUGCUCAGCAGGAGAAAGAAAAACGAGAGAAAGCAAAGGUAGAUUCACAGAAGAAGAAGGAAAAGGACAAAGAAGACCGGGAAAAACAACUUAAACUAAAAGAAGAGAAAAAAGAAAAACGUAAAACUCAGAAAGUUGAGCGUCGUAAAUAAAUGUUUACUCUGGGAACUGCAUUACGGUUUUAUUACAAUGUCUGUAGUCUUUUUUUAAAUAAACAUUUUUUAAAAUAUUUAA